UCUAUCAAAUGUACUCAACUGUGCUAUUUUGAGACACCAUUAAUAUGAAGUAAAAUGCACUUUUGACACAAAAUUAUUUAGUUACCACUUAUAUUACACUUGAGUAGUAUUGUAUGAAAGAUGGUUUCAAGUGUGUUACAAGUGGCAAUUAAAUAUAUUUUUUUAAAACAAAGGUAGAAAAGUGCAUUUUAGUUAUAUUAAUUUUUAUUAAAAAAAUCCCUAAAUAGCACAGUUGAGUACAAGUAGAUGAUCUUAAGGAUAUGAGAGUUCUCCGAUUCCAUCAAAAAUAUCUAAAUGGAGGUCUCAUGGGUUUGGAACAACAUAAAGUGCAGUAAUUAAUGGCAAAAUUUUCAUUUUUAGGUAAACUAAUCCUUUCAGAGAAAAAUCAAGACUGAUGUGUAUUUUUUUCUUAGUGACACAAAAUGGAAGACGCUAGCAUAUUGUUGAAGGCACUUAAGGACCUGGAGAAAGAAGAUCUUGAAGAAUUCAAGUGGCACCUGUGUACUGGUUUGGCAGAUGACAUCGAGCGUUUUCCUAAAGGAGACCUGGAGGGAGCUGAUCGUAAGGCUGUGGUGAGCCUCAUGGUAAAUCGGUACGAUACUGACGCUGGGAAAAUCACAGUCCAAGUGCUGCGCAAAAUGAGUCAAAAUAAUCUUGCAAAAAGCCUUGAAUUAAAGCUUCUGGAAGGUCAGCAGGACACGAGAAAAGCUUCAAUGCCUGUGGAGUCACAGUCUGAUGGGAAACAACGCAAAAUGAUUCAAUCCAGCCAAGAGUUUAAGAGAAAAAUUCUUCAAGAAAAGGGAGAUGAAAUUUACAGACCAGCAACGGUUCAGAGGAAACGGCCAGCUCUGCUGAUCACCAAUAUUGAAUUUGAGGGCAUGCCCAACAGGAAAGGAGCAGAGAUAGACGAGGAGAACAUGGAGUGGCUGCUGAAAGCUUUGGGUUAUAAUGUUGAGAAACGCAGAAAUCUCUCUGGAGAGGAAAUAGAUAGAGAAGUCAGAAACUUCUCUGAACUUCUCUCUGAACAUCGAGACUUAGACAGCACCUUCGUGGUCAUCAUGUCUCACGGGGGAAGAAUUAACAAUAGAGAUGUCAUUCUAGGUGUCAAGCAUCAUUAUACUUCAGAGGAUAUCUUCUUUGUUGAGGACAUCUUCUCCCACCUGAACUCAGUCAACUGUCCCGCUCUGAUCGAUAAACCGAAAGUCAUUCUCAUUCAAGCCAGCAGAUCUCAACUAGAAGGUGAGAAGGUGCGUGAACAAGUGUCCGAGAAAGACUCCUGGUUUCACAAGGAGAAAGACUUUGUCUGCUUUAUGUCCAGCAUCCCUAAUGCUUUAUCUUACAGGAAUAUUAAAACUGGAUGUUACUUUAUCAGUUGCAUAGUGGAGGUUUUCUGUGAAUGGGCUCAUCAACAUGACAUUAUGGAGUUAUUCAUGAAGGUCACCAAAUACAUGGCCACACUCCCAUUGAGAGGAGAUAUCAAACUCAUGCCGUGCCUGGAAAGAGCAUCCCUUACAAAGGAAUUCUACCUGUUCCCUGGACUCUAAUGAUGUGCUGUUUAAACCCGUUUGAAAUCAGAGUGAUGGCGAUCUCUCGAUGUAAUUUAAUCUGAUUGAAUGAUAUUUUCUUACACUUCGAUGUGUUACCAUAUAAACCAUUAAACGCUAAGGAGUUGCCUCCAUCCAAAA